GGGGGGGCCCGUCGGUGCCCACAGACCUGUGACCCGCAGCAAAAGUUUGCUGCGGCGUCGGGUUGCCAGUGACGGGUAGACCUGCUGUCCCUGGCGGCAGGGGAAGCUCUUCCCCUGCCCCUGUGCCCCUGACGAGUGUCCCCCGGCCCCUCGCCUUCCUCUGGGACUGCCCCAGGGCCCAGCGCAGCGGGCAGGGCGGCAGCUGCCUUUCCUGCUGCUGAACACCCUGAAAACAGCUGAUUUUCCAGCAGGAUAGUAGUUGGGGGUAACCAGAGUCUCUGUAGGAAUAAGAUUUUUAGUGCUGUGUCGGUAACGUUGAAUUUUUGAACAGUUCUGGUAUGGCUGCGACUUAGAAAUAAAGGGAUGGCUCCCGCUUGGUUUGUCGUCCUUCGAGCUCACCUUCCCUCCCUUCUGGGUAAUCUUGCUGUGACACCUACAGCAACUGUUGUAUUUUCUUACCUUCAGCUGGAAGCUGCUCAAGUGCCAUGGUAACAAAUGAGGUGUAAGUACCUGCGUAGAACAGGAGGUGCGGAUAAGUAAUAUUAAGAAAAUAUUAUCUGUUAAUGCGUUUCAAUCUCUGGAAAUGAGAGCGAGUAGCACCAGUUCUCUGACCACGUUUUGAGCCUACGGGUGGAGGGAUAGGAAGAUUGACAGCUAGCUUCAGGUAGCUGUGUUUGUGUUACUUGGCUUAUUUUGGGUAGGCUUUCCUGCCACCACCAUUUUAAAGUGAACUUUUGGUGUUUUAAAAGGGUGAAGGCAUAUAGUGUAGAGUCAGUGACUGCUGGCACAGAGAAAAUGCAGCUUGUUUGCUUGGGAGUACUCAGGCUCAAGCGCUAGAAUAUUUGAUAGCAAUCAAUAGGGAGCAGUGUGGCUUGAAACUAAAAUUAUAUAUGAGAUUAUAUGAACCAGCCUGAUUCUUGUCAUUAUUGUCUUUCAUCCUAAUGUUUAUCAUAGAGAUCAAUGGCCCUGUCAAAGGAUUUCUCCCUGCCACCUCCCUUUUGUUUCCAGGUUCUAUCUCCAGCAAAUAUAACCUGUUACUUCUACGUUGUUUUCCCUUCAUUGUAGAGAAUGAGGGGAGACUGGAGACAGGAGCAGUGUAUUCACUUCGAUUUUGUUUUCUGAGGGGCCAGCUGGGGGAAGGGGUCUUUGCUCACCUGGUUGAGCUCGUAUGUGAUGCUGAUAUGACAAAAGCCAGUGUGCCUUAUUUAUACUAGAUUUAAAGAGGGAAGGAUGCUCUGUCGCAUGCAUAUGUAUGACUUCUCUGGACUACAGUUCAAAAAUAUGCAUCAGAGAAGCUCUUUCAGCAUGAAAAGAGAUGGUUUUACAUAUAUUAACUAUAAAUAUUUGUACAGAGGAGGAAGUAGGACUUCAGUUUCAGGACUCUUACAUAAGAUAGUAUCUUUGAAGUCAAGGCUUGAUGCACUUGUGACUCACUAAGAUGGAAGCCCCAGUGUUCUCACGAAGAUGUGCUUAGCUCUGCAAAGUGUUGCCUGGGCCCAGUGCACAGGCAGGCUGUAAGAACGUGACAGAAUGGACUGUCUCCUGUGUAAGCAUCUGCCUGGAAAGCAAUGCCAUGGCCUCCGUGAGAGCCUCCAUUCUCACUGUGGUGAUAGCAUCAGUGGGGUGUGACUUCAGCACUCCUUUUCUUUUUCCCUUGUAAUGUUCUACUCCUUCAUUCACACGGUUCUCCUUCGUCUCUUACUCCUUAGAUUUCUUUGCUGCAGCCCAUAUCCUCCUUUUUUCCUCCAGAGUUGAAUUGCUGCGAUCAGUUUUACUCCAACCAUUCUGGGAAGGCUGACAGUUGACAGGAGGGAAGGGGGGUGGGGGGAAGCAAUGGGAAGGUUGCGCUCAUAAAAACAAGUGUCAUACUUUUCCUGAGGACAUGAUGGGUGUCCCAUUGCGAUUAGUGGGGCUCUGCCUACGUCAAGAAGUAGCAUAGUCUCUAAAGCCACCAUCUGUGGAAGGAACUUACUCUCCAAAAGAAGCAAGCAACAUGUUUAUUUGCAGAUGUUUGAUCACAUGGAAGGCUGGCUUUUUGUGCAUUGGUCUGCAGUUGUGGUAUUUGUUGAAGCUGUACAUCACGACAAAUUAUGUGUAGUGUAAGCUGAGGCCACGGAGCAGAAUGUUUCUAUUUCCUGCUUUGGCUGUGUGUGUUGUUUUGUGACAAUGUCUACAUUAUUUGACCAUCAGAGGACAAGAUUUCCUUAAACUGGAAAGAGAAACCGAGGUUCCCACAGGGUCUGAAAGGCACUGUCACUGUGUGUCCUGCCUUGAACUCUUCACUAAACAUUGUCUCAGUCCACUUUAAACUUGUUUGAACCAGGAGCUUAAACUCAGGCCUCGCUUUCAUGUUGCACAGCAGUUACAUUACCACAUGUAGACAGCCUGCUGAAGUCACUGAUGCUGUGGUGUAGGGGGGAGAAGGGAAGCAUCUUUCUUAACAGCUUCGUAACAGUAAAAUUCUGUCUGUUGAUCGAAUGCUGUCAACUGUGUAUUGAGGCACUAGCAGGUUUACUCUUUGCUUCUGACAUUCCGUGUUGCUUGGUGGUGCAUUUGGGGUUUUUUGUAGUUCAGGUUUGGGACCAAGGUUUUUUGUUUCUCUUUUGGAACAAGAGACCGCUGUUGGUCACCUGGUUGACAGAAUCAACACUACUAUAAUUGCAACAGUCGUAUGAACAGCUUUAUUUUAACCCGAGUGCUAGCUGUAGCUUCAUUUCCCAGGCAGCGCUUAGGUAUGCAGGGGAAUACUAGGCGACCUUGCUACUCUUGAAACUCCUUACAGGACUGAAGUUCGUUGGUUUUGGAGCAUAUACCCUUCCAAUGUCCUUAGCACUUGAAAAACCAAAAUUCUUUGAUCAUACCAAAGGGCGAGGAGGGGUGGGUGGGUGGAUGUGUGUUGCGCAAGAAAGUGGACUUUCAAGUACUGGUGGCUUUACGAAGUGAGAGAAGCUUAAGGGCAUAUUUAUGUGCUGCAGUUCAUGCCUUUGAAAAUCUUUUAUGAUCAUUGAAAGAGUAGGGUGAAGACUUUGAUACAUUGUGUCUUGAGAGCCAGAGUACUUUGUAGUUUCGUUUUAACUACUAUUUUUAGGAGUCUAGUUUUCCUGUGCCCAAAGUAGCAUCCUGUUUUUUCCCUUGUCAAAUAAGGCUAUAACAAUCCAAAAUAUUAACAUAAAUGCAAGCUCUGAAGAAAGUCACAAAGAUAUUUUUGAAGCACUGGGAUUAGUGUUUUUUCUUUCAUUUCAGUGGCAUGACUUUACUGUGCACAUAGAAAAAUACUUCUCUAAUAUUUUCCUUCUGAUAGUUGCAUUAAACAUGAAUUCCUGUUUUACAAGACUGACUUACUGCAAAAUACUGAGUAUAUGGGAUUGUGCUGCUUCUGUGCCUUCUACUAUGGCAGAAAUGAAGGGAAUCCAGUUUGUGUAAUGGAAGCAAGGAUGUAGCUUUUGGGAUCAGCUUGGGAUUCUGGAACUUACAGCAUGUUACCGAACCAGUGAGCUAUACAGAUGUCUUUUAAUUUGCAAUCUUUAUUUUGUAUGUCAUAUACAAUCUUUUCAACUGUAGCCAAAUUCAGCACAUUUUUAAGUUGCAUUUGUCCUGCAUUUCUUUCUUCAGCGAGAUAAGGCAUUUUGUUCAAUGAAAAAAUGUGACCAACCUUCCAAUAGCUGAUCCAGAUUAAGUAAUAAUUAGAUAUAAUUACUGUUCCCAGGGGGAAAGUAAUUCUGCCUUAUUGAAAUUCUUUUAUCUUCAAUUAACCUGCUCUGUUCUUACUGGAAAUUCUAAGUGAAGUGCCACCUCGCUUUAGGCACUUCUUCCAAAGCCGCGAACGUUUGUUUUGGUAGGCUGGUGAGCCCGGUGUGUAGGUGGCAGCAGUAAGGAGGAGCGCGUACUUGAACAGCGCUGGUCUUGCCCAACACCUUGUCAGAGCAGCUUUCCAUCCCGGUCGUCUGCUGCUGUACGGAUCCAUGAGGAGGUAUUGGAUGAAUGAAUAUACUUCUUCCCUUGGAAUUGGCGUGUUCCAUUCAGGUAUAGAGGUGUACGGCCGAGGUAAGUACGACAAAACUGUAACUUACUCUUUGUUCUGGGAAUGCUGUUAUUUAAAAAACAUUUUUCAGGUAGUGAGAGAAGACUUGACUUCUGAAGCCUGCUCAUCAGUUUUCUUAUCUCUUCUGCCUCUGGAAAAAACCUUGGAAUUUGCCUAUGGUGGUCAUCCAUACCCAUUUUCUGGAAUAUUUGAAAUUUCACCAGGAAAUGCUUCUGAGCUAGGAGAAACAUUUAAAUUUAAAGAGGCUGUGGUUCUAGGCAGCACGGAUUUUAUGGAAGAUGAUAUAGAAAAAAUAGUAGAAGAGCUUGGAAAGGAAUUCAAAGGAAAUGCUUAUCACCUAAUGCACAAAAACUGCAAUCACUUCUCUUCAGCUUUAUCUGAGAUUCUGUGCGGAAAAGAGAUUCCGCGGUGGGUGAAUCGCCUUGCCUACUUCAGCUCUUGCAUACCGUUCCUCCAGAGCUGUCUGCCGAAGGAGUGGCUGACUCCCGCAGCCCUCCAGUCUAGCGUUAGCCAGGAGCUACACGACGAGCUGGAGGAGGCUGAGGAUGCCGCAGCAUCGGCUUCCUUGGCAAGCUCGGCAUCUGGGGCUAGAACUGGACGCCACACCAAAUUAUAAGUCCUCCUCCAAAGUAACAAAUGGUUUGAAAUACUUCAGAUUAAUCUCUCCAGCAGUUGACUUCCUAACAGAACGUGAGAGCUGAUUCUAGAAUGUUGUUUUAAUAUGCAAAAAAGGCUCUCAUCAACCCCUGUUUCAGCUCAGGAUUAUUUCUGUAGUGAAAAGAAUUGCUGGGAGAAAAGGGAAGGAUUUUGUGUGAAGCCACCCUUUUCAUUUUCACCUGUCUGGUAGACCUGGGUUAACUUAACAUCUUGUAUAAAGCAGAACUUAAAUUAUUUGUUUACAGUAUUGUGUACUGCUGUUUACAAGUCCUGUAAGGACUCCUACCACCAUGGAAGAAGAGAGAAUUUGGUUUAACUGUUGGUAUAACUCAAAAGCAGUGGUAUGAUGCCCUGGAUGAACUCUCCCCUUUGUUUUCAAGAUUUAAGGCAGGUGAACGUUAAAUUUCUGAGAAAUGCCAGAAACUGCUGAUUACUAUAUAUGUGAACAGGGUACUGUGCACUUAAAGUGGCUGAUGUAAACAGGUAGAUUCCAGGAUGCAGGGAGACUGCUUUUGUCUGAGAUCUGUUAAUAGAAGUAUGACCUCUACAUUAACGAAACUGUGGAUUUUUGCACAUACGAAGGGAAAUUUCUAUCUUACAAUGCACAUUGAUCCCUUUUUUUUUCUUUUUUUUUCUUUUUUUAACUCAGCCGUGUAGUUUGCAUCCUAUCUCCUGGCUGUAUUUACAGUCUACUUCAACCAGGAUUGAGAUGUGUGAAUAUCUUCUGUUAGAAGCAUCAACGACUUUUCCACUGUUUGCUUUCCCUGAUUUCAAACUUGUAUAUACAACUUAGUACUAGUUUUUUGUGGUUUUUUUUGUUCGGGUUUUUUUUUUUUUUGUUCUUGUUUCAUAUAGUUUGGAAUAGUGUAAUACAAGCCGUUUAUGGUUGGGGAAUGGCCUUGCUUUCUGCUGCUGAUUUUGCUUCAUUUGAGUUUGUAAAAUUCAUGCCUUUUUUUUUUUUUUUUUUUGAGCUAUAAAUUACUGCCCAGUUGUGCAUAUCUGCACAAAUUACAGAGAAAUCCUAAUUUAUUUUCCCACAGUCUCUAUCUGUGGCAGUAACUUUCUUGUCAGAUGUAAUGAAGAAAAACCUGAAAAUUGCUUAUGCACCUGCGUGUUUACACAGCAGAACCCACUAAUCUGCACACGUAAUUAUAUCUGAAGGUAAGAGAGAUUAUUUUCUAAAACACAGAAGUAUGUUUGCUGGUAGAUUAUAAUUAGAGCUAAAUUAUAAUUAGUGAUCAGAAUAUAUAAUGGAAUGCCUUAUUCUUGUUCAUUUACCAAGAGAAUUAAUGGUUCUUCCAGUCAUUAGUGUAAAUUAGUGAGGUUCUGUUGUGCACAUAAGGAUACAGUAGCACAAACAUGAGGGAGGUGAGCUUGUGUAUUUUGUAAGACUUGCUGCCUUAAACUACCAAAAGCCACGCCAUCCAUAACGCGACCAGCUCACAAAGAAGUGUGCAUUACUACAAGUAUAACUGAUUUUUACAAGCUUUAUUUUCAGUUUGUUGCCAGGUUUGGUUUUUCCAUGAAGUUAAACACUGACUCUACGGUUUCUGCUGUUUAAAAGGAAAAAAAAGUCCUCUUAGGAGGCGAGAACGCUUCGCGUUACGGAUGCUCCCAGCCACGGGUAGUCGGUGCCAUGGGACCCUCCGGGGAAGUGCAGUAGGCUAUGUCGUGAUAUGAAUUCAUAGCGAUCGCCAGCUCCAACUCACGUUGGGAACGAGUGGAAGUUUUUCUGCUGGCGGUUGGGUUGAAUCCUUUGUCAGACAGGCUGUUCAGUUUUUGCUCAUCUUCUGUGAUGCAGUGUAGGUACAGAGAGAGAGGCGCUUGGUUCUGGGAGGGGUGGAAGAAUCAUGUGAGACUCUUGCUGGAAAGAGCGGGGUAGCAGCAGAAGUCGCUUUAACUGCAGUUUGGUCCGUGUUUUAAUAAUCUACCAAGUGGGAAACGCCUAGGACUGACAAGCCUCCCGCUGGCUCCGUUCUGUGGUCUCCAGAAGCUGGACAUGCUGACUCUCCCUGUCGAGUGGUUUUUCACUUGACUCUCUGAAUUUUUGAGUUCUCCUUCCUUUUUUUUUUCCUGUAGUGAAAAUGAACAUGGUGGUCUCCAGUCAACUCUCAAGCAUUACAGAACUGCAUCUCACACUACUUACAGCUCAGACAACAGGCCGCGGACAGGUUAUUUUGUCUCUGCUGUGCAGCUGUGGUAGUAAUGUGACUAAGUCUCUUGGCCAAGGCAGGUCCUUUAUUUCAGCUCAGGGUUGAGGCCACUGAUCUAGCAAUGUACUGUAGCUUUUCCUAAGUUUUAGGAAAAAAUAAAUAGAAUGACUUUUCAUUGCUACCUAACUUUUAUGUACCAAAAUCAGCUUUUUAGGCUUGUGAUACAUCCAGAGCGCUAGGUCACAAAUCUCUACACCUUCAUUAACACACACAACUACAGCAUGUACAAUGCAAGAACGUGACAGAUCACAGCACAGUUUUUAUUUAGAAGUAAAACUGAGACUAUUUUUUAUAAAGCAGACUGGAAAGUUUGUAACAAACGUUCAUUUUAUUGGUAGCUGUACAGGUGAAAAUACUGUCUUAUGCUCCGUAAUUAUUAUUUUUUGUUUGUUUCAAAACCAUACAUCUGUAAAUCCUGUGAGGAAACUGACACCUGAACCCUGAAGGCUGUUGGGUAUCGUGUCAAAGCAGGCGGUACCGUAACUUCAAUCGCGUGCUGUCAACUCAGCCUCCACUGGAUGCCUCCAAGAAGUCACCCUGCCAGUGGUUACUCCGAUUCGUUAGCAAUAGAGCAAGUUACCUUUCACCAGCAUUACUGCCAAGCAGGGAUUACUUUAGUCUACUAACGACCACACUGUGCUAGGACUAGAACACUCCAAAAUGCUGUGAGAAGGCUGGACACCUGUGGAGUCUUUUCCAUCAAAACGGGUAGAAAAAUAUCACUACUUCAGGGUUCUGCUCUGUUUACUUUCUCAUUCUUCUUUAAUUUUCUGUAAGAUAGUACUUUUGAUACAUAUUAUGUUGUUUAACUCAUUUUAUUUAAAUGCCAUUUUCUGUUCAGCAAGCCAAAAAAAAUCCAAUGUACUGUCAGUGUGCACCAGUAACUUCAGAGUGGCUUGGUAAAAACAUAGUUGCAUUACUUCUAAAAUUUGCAAUGCAAUUCUGAUCACUAUUGAUACAUGGUAAUUUUCACUGUUGGAAGUUGGUUACAAGCUGAAUAUUCACUGAUGCAUUUUUUGUAAACUUGUAUUCAAGUUUACUGUACUACAUAGUAUUUGUAUAAAAUUCAAAGAAUUUUGACUUUUGUUACCUGUACAUGGCAACAAGUUGUCUAGCAUCUUAAACUUAAAUCCAUCAGUUUAUUAAAAAUACUUUUAUAAAAAAAAAA